CUCACAUGCCGAGGAACUUGGAGGGGGGGACGAUUAUCACGAUCCAUCUACGGAGUAUUCGAGAUUGAGCCGGGGUUCCACAGUAUCUCUUUUAACAGAACAUCAUGCCAGGUUACUUUUCAUGAUGAAAACAAAAACAUUAUUUCUCACAUUUGUUAGUCACCUUGGUUAUUAAUUUUGCAUCUCCGUGAAGUCGACCAAAAAAGUAUUUUUGUAUGCGGCGCAGCUCAAAUCCGCCCUACAACCCUCAAUUUGUUGGCUGAACGGCAUAUCACCGAUCCUUCAUAUACAGACUGAAAAUGGACUCACUAAGGGAUGCGCUCAACACCAUCGCUUUAAAACCAGAGCUUGCACCUCUGCUUGCAAUUCUUAAAAGUGCCCGCAACGGGGCUGUCUAUGGAAGCAAAGUCCGCUUUCCUCAUGCAUUGGUGAUGAUAUUUCUCUUCCGAUCUGGGAGUCUACAUGAGAAAACUCGGCUUGUUCUGAAGGCGACGAAACAGCAUGCACGCAACUUAGCAACGUUCGCGAUCGUAUACAAGUCCUCUAUGCUAGCGCUGCGAUAUCUCUCUCCCGGCGGAUCUGGAAAAGAAGGACCGUAUGAUACCUUCUUCGCAGGCUUAUUGGGAGGAUACGUCGUAUUUGGCCGGUCGCGAUCAAGUGUUACCCAGCAGAUCGUCAUAUACGUUUUUGCACGAGUAGUUCUUGCAAUGGCAAGGCUUUCGAUAGACCCAAAACCGAACCCCCUAGCAUCUUUUAUAUCUAGGAAUGCCCGAGAGGAGAUCAAGACACACGCUUGGCCUGCGUUUGCAAGCCUCAGUUGGGCUUUCGUUAUGUAUCUUUUUCGCUGGCAUCCAGAAGCCAUUCAAUCAAGUUUAAGAAGCAGCAUGACCUAUAUUUAUUCCGACUGCGACCAUUGGGACUCGAUAGAGACAUUAUUCCUACGAAAUAAAUGACGCUGGGCAUAAGACCAAUCUCAUUAUCUUGAGUCGAUUUGUGCUUUAACUAUUUAAACGAUUCUUUUGUACACGUGGGCCGGCGUUUCUCUAGGUUUGGAUGAUUACGACUUUUUCUUUAGACUUCCAUA